AUCGGCCUCUCGGUGCUCGUGCGGAAGAGGCGCCAGGCCGAGGCGAGGAGCGCCGAGCGGCAGCCCGCGUGACGCGUGGAGAGCCGCCCGGCGGGACGCAGCUGGCAGACCGGCCUGCGCCAGGCUCGGGAGGCCGCCGAGAGAGUCGGGCAGCAGCCGGCGGGGAGUCACCAUGGGGGACGGUGAACUGACAGCCCGGGAGAAGCUUCACCUCGUCACCCGGAACUUGCAGGAGGUUCUUGGAGAGGAUAAACUGAAAGCCAUCCUGAAAGAGCGGGAGCUGAAGAUUUACUGGGGGACAGCCACAACGGGCAAGCCUCACAUUGCCUACUUCGUGCCCAUGUCCAAGAUCGCAGACUUCCUCAAGGCUGGCUGUGAGGUGACUAUCCUGUUCGCUGAUCUCCAUGCCUACCUAGACAACAUGAAGGCUCCGUGGGAACUUCUGGAAUUGCGUACUCAGUAUUACGAGGCGGUCAUUAAGGCAAUGCUGGAGAGUAUCGGUGUUCCCCUGGAAAAGCUCCGGUUCGUCCGAGGGACCGACUUCCAGCUCAGCAAGGAAUACACCCUGGAUGUCUAUCGACUGUCCUCUGUGGUCACCCAGCAUGAUGCCAAGAAAGCCGGCGCAGAAGUGGUGAAACAAGUGGAGCAUCCCCUCCUCAGUGGUCUUCUCUACCCUGGGCUGCAGGCGUUGGAUGAAGAGUACCUGAAAGUUGACGCGCAGUUUGGAGGAGUGGAUCAGAGAAAAAUUUUCACUUUUGCAGAAAAGUACCUCCCGUCCCUGGGCUACACGAAGCGCAUCCAUCUGAUGAACCCCAUGGUCCCUGGAUUGACAGGCAGCAAAAUGAGCUCUUCGGAAGAGGAAUCUAAGAUUGAUCUCUUGGAUCGAAAAGAGGAUGUAAAAAAGAAGCUCAAGAAGGCUUUUUGCGAGCCGGGGAACGUGGAGAACAACGGGGUCUUGUCCUUCAUCAAGCAUGUGCUCUUCCCCCUCAGAUCAGAGUUUGUGAUCCUUAGAGAUGAGAAGUGGGGAGGAAAUAAAACCUACACAAGCUAUGGGGAUCUCGAGAAGGACUUUGCUGAGCAGGUUGUCCAUCCGGGAGACUUGAAGAAUUCCAUAGAGGUGGCCUUGAAUAAGCUCCUGGAUCCUAUCAGAGAAAAGUUCAACAGCUCACAAAUGAAGAAACUUGCCAGCUGUGCAUAUCCUGAUCCCUCCAAAACAAAAUCUGCCGUGAAAGGCUCCACAAAGAACUCCGACGCCGAGGAAGUGGUCCCGUCUCGAGUGGAUCUCCGGGUUGGCAAAGUGCUCAGUGUGGAAAAGCAUCCCGAUGCUGAUGCUCUGUACGUGGAGAAGAUUGACCUGGGGGAGGCUGAACCUCGUACGGUGGUCAGUGGCCUGGUGGCGUUCGUGCCUAAGGAAGAGCUGCAGGACAGGCUGGUGGUGCUGGUGUGCAAUAUGAAGCCCCAGAAGAUGCGGGGAGUGGAGUCCCAGGCAAUGCUGCUCUGUGCUUUCAGUUCUGGAGAUCCCUGCCAAGUAGAACCCCUGGACCCCCCAGCAGGCUCCUGUCCUGGAGAACGAGUGUUUGUGGAGGGCUUUGAGAAUGGUCAGCCGGAUGAUGAGCUGAAGCCCAAGAAGAAAGUAUUUGAGAAGUUGCAGGCUGACCUCCAGAUUUCUGAGGACUUGGUGGCCCAGUGGAAGGGGAAGAACCUCAUGACUGCCCUGGGGAACCUGACGUGCAAAUCCCUGAAAGGGGGCAGCAUCCGCUAGAGCCGCCCCCCCCGCCCACUGCCCGCCUCCUGCCCGCCUCUGCUCCCAUCAGUGAUCUUCUUCAGGCAGCCGCCCUUGACCCGAGGAAUCACGAACCGGCUGGGACUCUGGACUUCUGCCUGGUGGGGAAGGGCUCCCGCUCCCAGCAGUGACGGGCCCUGGGAUUCCUUCUCUCCCAGCCCGGCCAAGGCCUGUCUGUGCUGCAGUCGCUUCCUUGCGUUGACUGGUGACGGUGACGGAAAGCUGCUGCUGGUCCAAUCCAGCAGAACGAGAUCCCCCCCCUUCCCCCCCCCCAACUGAUCUGCC